AUUUUUGUGAAAUAAUAUUACGCAUACGACACGUUGUUUCACGCUUCGUCAGGGGAGGGUUAGUGCAUUCAUUCAGAAAAGCUACAGUCAGGCAAUGAAAGCAAAAGUUUUCUUUUACAUACACAUGAUGAAUACAAAGAAGCGCGAAGAGUGGUUGAAAGAAUAACACUGAAAAUUUCUAAUGACAGUGAAUAAUUUCUAACUGAAUCGUAUGCGAAGCAAAGUGUUCGUACAGCCGUCGUUUUAGUAUCCGACAAACAUUCACGUUGAAACAAACACAAGUGGAAGCAGAGCACAAAGCAUUAACUGUCUUAGAACGUGGGCGGCCUUAAAAGAACGCACACACACACACACCCAUUGAGGGUUUAAGACAAACGCGAAACAAAGGAAAUCCUAAACUUAAAGUGUAAAGUGUCACGACGUCGCAGCCUUGCAGUGACAGCAAUUAAUUAAGUGCAACAACGCCACAAAGGCAAAGACGGCUUCGGUCAGCGGUCAAAGUGUGUGCGAGCUUAACGUCUCUGGGGGGCGGGCGCAACGGUCAGUAGACUCACUACCUAGCGCAGUUAUAUCGAUUUAAUACAAGCUGUACGGCGUAGCGGUGGGGUUGUGCGGUGUGGCAUAAUUAAGGCAGCGCAACAUCACUUAAGACUCUAUGCAAUGCGCGCCGCCAUAACGGCAGUCGUCGACAACAAUACAACAGCAACAGCGACAGCGACCGCCAGUAAUCGUGCAAAAAUCAAUUAUAAUUGAGUAAUCCAAUUUGAGGUUUUCAAGCAAAUACUAGUACACGCCGAAUAGAAAUUAUAAAUAUUCAACGGGAGAUAUUCGUUUGCUGUGCACUUUAGAAAACAACUCACGCUUAAAACAAUUGAAAUGUUGCUGCCACAGAAGUCGCCUGCGGCCCAUUGGCGCUCCUUUGUGGAUUUAAUGAUGGCACCAGUGUCGCCGAAAAAUCUACGCCUGUCGGCCAUACUCAUUGGCAUUUACCAAUUGCUCGUCGCCCAUUUAUUACUCUUCCUGGUGCUUUUGGGUCUAGCACAUGCCGAACAAAUGAAAACCAUGCUUGCGAUGGAUAUUGAGGAUCAAAAGGAUAACGGCUUCUACGAUAUGUCACCGUUUCGCAAUCAAUUACGUCUGCGCACCGCGUCACAGCUUGUCUCCGUCACCGAAAUGCUGCUCUACAUAUUGACAGCAGUCGCAUCGGUUUAUUUACUCAGCACGAUUGCACUUUUUGCGGGCAUAUUUAAAAAUCGUUCAGAAUUCGUACUUCCUUGGCUGGUAGUUGAGUUCAUAUUCAUUGUAUCGGCUGCGGUGUUGGUAUUUUGGUUGCAGAAUGAGAAAUUCGUCGAUAUCAUUGGUGGCAAAGUUUAUUAUUUUAUGAUCUGUUUCACGGUGCUGUCAUUCGACUGUUUGAUGUGGUACAUCAUACAUUCCUUCUAUCAAAGGCUACGUACCAUGAACAAGUUGCGUGAGAUUGCCACUGUGGCAAUACCCUGUCCGCCACCAGGAUCGAUACCCUUCCACUUCCGGCGCGAGAACAUGUAUCUCGGCAGCAAUGGCUACAAGCAUAUACUCUCAGAGUCACCCGAUGGAAAUUAUUAAAAACAUCGCUAGUUUUUACGAUCUGUUGCUCAAAUUUUGAGCAAACAAAAAUCGAAAAAAGUUGAAGACAGUAAACACGAUAAUCUACAGCACCUGACACACACACUAUAUAUAAAAUCCCGUGAUUCCUGCGGCAUGCGCGAUUUAUUUACGACACGCUUCACAGCUUAUUUGUACCAGCAACUCAGUAGAAAAACGGAAAUUUUAACAAGAAAAAAAAUAAAGUUAAUAAUAUUAUAGAAAACUGCAUGCAAUAUACUCGGCCUUAUUAUGUAUUACUAUUAUUAUUGUUAUUGCUGUUAUUGUGAUAUUUUGCUGGGCGCUAAGAGAAAGCUUUAAUACAUAGAUACAUACGUACAUAUGUACCGUAUAGGCAUAUAUACAGUUACAUAUAUAAAUUAGCAAUUCUGGCAGCUUUAAUUGCGUAUUAUUUAUUAAUUAAUUUUCUU